ACGAGUGUCGGUGAGGACGUCUAUGAUUGCCUUACUUUUCCUAUUACUGUUUGACAUCGUGUGUGCGUUCGGAGAAAAACCACAGUUUAACGUAUAGGGGAUUUCACCAAAGCUCACAGAAGUUCACUGACCGCAAUAUAUAGCGGUGUACGUUGACAAAAUCGCCUUUUACACUUAUUGAGUCGUUUAUUUCUUUUUUCUCCAGUCGACGCCAGUCACCUAACCAAAGAGACACCUGCCGCUGCCGACGCAGGCUACUCUCUCCUUCUCUCUCCUUUUCCAAUCUCGACCGUCUAUCGACAGUUCAUUGUACCGUUUUUCUUCUUUUGUGGAUGAUUUUGUCACAGAAAGGAAUAAUUCAAAACUUGUUUCAGUAAAUUCCAACAGACCUGCUCAGGAUGCCUUGGAUGAGCGUCUCCCUGCCAUGGAGUUGCAUUCGGGAAAGCGCGAAGCUCUGUGACUGAACAAACUAGCCGUACUGCGGCACGGCUUCGCGAAAUAAACGCUUUGCGACUGUCCGUCUACUUGCUGAGUCGGAGGAAUGUUGUAAAAACCGCUAGUUUUGCGUGGGACUGGGGGACUGAGAGUCGAAGAAGGCGAAGAGACCACAGCAGGUGCACGUGAACCCAGGAAUAUUAUAAUGGCUCUCGCGGCGGUUUCCCUCUACCUCCUUGCGCUCGCCUGGACGAACUUGCGCCCGGUCCACGGGAACAACCGUCACGCCGUGUACUGGAACAGCUCAAACAUCCACUUGCGGAGAGAGGGCUACACCGUACAGGUCAGCGUCAAUGACUACCUAGACAUCUACUGUCCACACUACAACCAGAGCCAGCGGGGGGCGCUAGAGCGCGGCGUGGCCGAGCAGUACGUUCUCUACAUGGUCAGUUAUCGAGGCUACCGCACCUGCGACCCACAGAUGGGCUUUAAACGCUGGGAGUGCAACCGGCCACACGCCCCCCAUGCGCCAAUUAAGUUCUCUGAGAAAUUCCAGCGUUACAGCGCCUUCUCGCUAGGCUAUGAAUUCAACGUGGGUCAUGAGUACUACUAUAUAUCUACACCAAUCCAUCACCACGGACACAGCUGUUUAAGACUGCGGGUGUUUGUCUGCUGUUCUACAGUCUCUAAUGCAGAUGACGACUCAAACCAGAGUCCACCUGACUACACUGUCAGACCCAAACUGCAUGACAUCGACGAGUUUAACCCUGAGAUCCCUAAACUGGAGAAGAGCGUCAGCGGCAGCAGUCCGUCUGGAGACCGACUGUUAAUCACUGUGGCGACGCUUCUCCUCGCUGCUCUCCUUGUGUCCUAGCAACCGUCUCCUUCUCUCUCUCUGACAUUUCUGAGCCAGCAGUCCCGAGCACUCCAAAAAAAAAGAUCGCCUUUCGUUCAACCUGUGCGGGAGAUUAUCCAAUCAGAACAGAUUAACCACUAGUCGAGCCCUAAACGUGGGAGCUAAUUGUAGAUCUACCGCACCCAAAUAGUGGCCUUUGUCUCCACAAUUUUGGACCUUACGAAUAAGGACAACAUGCAUUGAUUUCAGAAUUUGCCUUCGUGAUGGAACGUCCACUCUUCUCAAACAUAAUCGCGGAGAAUUAAAAAAAAUAAAACUAAUCCGGAUAGACAGUGAGGUCUCUACCUCUAGCUACGUCUGUUCUCAUCUUCAAUGAACAUAUCCAGACUGCUCUUGAGGUGGACAUUUUGAGAUUGACAUGAGCUCAAAUGGAUACGACAAGCACUAUAGUGGUCAGCGCUUUGACCUUUGAUCUCAGCUGAGGGACUCGAAGAGUAUUGGAGACCUUUGAUCCUGUCUUAACAUUCUGUCACAACCCAUACCUAUGUGACUGCAAUAUGUGUCAGUCAUUGAUAGUGCUGCAGCAGAAAUCAAUAAAACUCAUUUGCCAGUCACUAAGUUCAGGUGUUAGGCUUAUGAAUCGAUCACAGAAAGGCCCGGCUGCUGUUUCUGCUAGUUGACGGGCUGGAGUCUCGUCUGUGAGCUGUAAUGGGAACGCUUUCCAUCUAGUUUCCUAGUUCCAGUGCUGAACUUGGAAACUAGAGGCACAUUAUCGGUCAGAGACCAUCACUUUUGUACAUUGUGUGACCGAAAAAGUUUGGUCAUCAAGCAGCGCACAUACUGAAAGAGAAUCGAAUGAGUGGUAGAUGUAUAGAUAGGCUUUUAUUUGCUAUAGUGUGUACGUGUCAUCAAGGGAAGGUACUGGAUUGGUCAGUGCCACUGAUUAGCAUAGUGGCCAUUUUUGUAAGAGCGGACAAGUCGUAAACUGCAAUUCGCUGUUUUAUAUCGAAGAAUUGCGAUGCAGAAUUAGUUUUUACCGUACAAUACAUAUUUAACUGCUCUUUGAGUAUGUUACUUUAUAUACUUAAUUUAUUGAGUUAUUUAUUGAUCAUUUGAUCCUUUUUUGAAACUUUGUGAGUUUUCGUCUGGUUUCUUGAGGGAUCUUUCCUCGUCUUUGCUAAUGCCAAAUUAUUUUGUUUGUUUUUGUUCAUUUCAUGGCCUUUAUUUCUGUUCAUGUGCCAGCAGCUCAUAAUUACAGAAAAAAUCAAAUGCAUCUCAUCUAUUGCUCUCAGUUGAAAUAGGUGCAUUAUCUUCAUAUAGGACAGUAUGAGAUUGUUGUAGUCUAUAUUGGUGGGCAGGGCUGGGGGGCUUUUGGGGAGGGGUUUAUUGAAUGGGCGGAGCUUCAGUGCAGUAAUGGUAAUGGAAUGAAUACGCAUUCCUCAGACCGCUGCAGACAAUGUCAAGAGUGAAUGUCUAUGUAAAUGUGUCUGCGUAUGUGUCUUAUGAGUGUGCACUUUACAGGGGAUCGUAUGAAAGCGUGCGCGUUUUGGCAUUUUCAUAUGCAUUUAGAUACACAUUUGUAGGUUUUAAAUACUCAAGCUUGCGUGAGAGUUUCGGCUGGUGAGAAUGGAGCGGACGAGAACGAAAGCAGUUAUCAUUGUUGGAAACAACAGUACCAAUCGUGUUUACCUUAGAAUGAUUACAAACAUGUAAACGAAUCAUGAAUGACAAUUACCAGAAUGAAACUUAAUAAACCAUUCUUAU